UGUGCACCUUGACAUAACCUCUCUAAAAGGGACAAAACCUUUGUUGUUCAGCGAGAAAAGUUUUUUCACAAUUUUCUACCUCAAAUUCGCAAAAAUAACAAUUUAAUUUACAAGAAAUCCGUCUGGCGGAGGGAAAUUCUCGAUAAAAUGUCUUUUCCGGCAUCUUCGAGGUUCUCCGUGCUGCAAUUGGUGGGAGACAAUCAGAGAAAGAAGGGAAAAAAACAGCCGGAAAGUGAUGGGGGGAAUAGCAAUAAGAAAGCCCAGAAGCCCAAACCGAAGAAGGAGUGGGAGAAAAAGCCCCCACCGGACGGGGGUAAAAGCAAAAAACCCGAACCUGUGAAGGAGGAAGUCUCAGCAAGGAAGCAAAAACAGCUGGAAAAGAAGCAGAAGAAGCGGGAAGAGCACAUCACGGAGAAGCAGUGGAGUACAUGGCAAGCAAAGGAUGCAGAGUAUGUGGAUGGGAUCUUCGAAAAGGAUCUCAAGGCGGCAAUUUUGCAAUCACAGAUGGAAGAGCAAAUGCGGCAGAAGGAGAAGCCUGCUGUGCCACAGGAAGAGGAUUCUGCGGGGAAGAAGACAAAGAAAGUCAAAAAGCUCUCGCUGCAGGAGUUUAUGAGUCAAUCGGGUGAACAAAGCUCUUCCACGGAGGCUCCGGAUGAAGGUCGAGCAUUCAAAUUCAGCGAAAUUGAAGACAGGGUGAAGGAAAUCAUCCGGAGGGAACAAUACCGCAUGAUGGGAUGCCCGGUGAAUGGCCCGGAAACUAUUUUGAAGAUUGAUGAUACCCCCACGCCAAGUCCAGCCGAGGAGGAGGACAAAGAUCGCCAAAUUGCCGCACUGGAAGCCUCCGUAGUGGGGCUAAAGAUGGAAUUGAGUGAGUGGCAGAUGAAGUACGAGGGGGCUAGUAAGCUCCUCGAGGAGCAGAGUAAGCUGAUUAGUGUACAACUGGCCAAUCCCACGACUGAGUCCCUCCUGAAGAGGAUUGACGAUCUCCAGCGGCAGCAGGUGGAGCUCUACCAUGAAAUUGGGAGUCUCCACGUCCUCCUGGAGCAGGAGAGAUCCAAGAAUCAGAGCGAUGGAUCAAAGAUCAAGAAUGGUGGAGUGAAGAAAUCUGUGCGCUUCUCUGCUGCUUAAAUCUCCUGACCAGCUCUAUUGGAGUAUUUUUUUCAUCCAAUUUAAACUGUAAUAAUGAUAAUCUUUUGUACCAUUUAUAAAGAGAAAUAAUUCAAUUCUCAUUCAUUAAAGAAGUUUUUCUUUUAU